AUGGCCAUCAGCUCUGAAGAACGCAGCGGUGCUAUGAAGACUGUCAUUGAAGGCGAACAGCUGCAACUGGAAAUGAUGCAGCUGCUGCAAAUAACGCGUCCCUUCUCAGGAAGGCAAGAAGACUACGACAACAUGGUGAAGUGCCUGGUCAAGCUAUUCAAGAUAUGCCUCCUGCAAGGUGAAGUGUACAUAAUUCCAGAGCUGAGCUACGAGGAUGCAUCCACCCGGGAGCGCAUUACAGACAAGGCCAAACGCAUAAACAGUGCGAUGCAGAUGCUGAUAGCACUGCCCCUCUUUUCGUUGAAGGCAGAUGAUCGUGACGAAUCUGGAGGCACAGCUCUUGCUCUUGUGGCCCUGGAAGCCCUCAAAAGGACCGAUGUUGACUGGGACAGCAUACUGCAAAGGCACGGACUGACAGCGGUCCAAGUGGAGACAGUGAUGCGCAUGGCCCUCGCCCACGGCCUUACACUGUUAGGGAACCGGGACAACCUGCCCUCACAGAUAAACUCCAGGGUGGUCUCAGACAGGGGCAGCAACGUGCGGAGGAUGAAGGAAAUCAGUCCCAGUGAAAACUGGCCCUGGACCAGUCACUAUGCGGCCAGUUACCAAUUGAACAUAAAGCGCGACCCAGUGCAAGCCUACCGGGAACUCUUGCCAGGGCUGAGAUGCGCUGACGAGCAAAACAAUGAGCUCAAGGCGACCCCCCUACGUUUGAUGCAGUGCCAGCUCAUGCUCAUCAAUGGCAGCCGGCCAGACAAGAGGAUUCGAGUGUCUACCUUCCUCGAAUGUGCCAAAAAGGCCAAGGAUGGCGUGAAAUUGCUCGACAGCUGGGGCGAGUUCCGCUGCAGAAAGACUGGGAUCCUGCUGCCACUGCACGUCAAGUAUCUGGCAGAGGCUGACGGCUACUGA